AUGGGCUUGCACCUCCAAGUAUGUCGGUGGCCCCUGCGACUACCUCAGCAAUACCGAGCGCCCCUUCCUAUGGUGAUUUGGCAUGGCUUGGGCGACUCAGCAUACUCAGAAUGGCUCAUAAAGCUGAAAGAAGAUCUUGAAGACAUGUAUCCAGGUAUCUAUGUCCAUCUGAUUUCACUGGAUUCGACACCGUCUGGCGAUAAAUCAGCGACGUUCAUGGGGAACGUGAAUGACCAAAUUGAGCAAGUUCAGCGCCAGCUAGCGAAGGUGCCUGAACUUCAGGCAGGUUUUGAUGCGAUAGGCUUCUCGCAAGGUGGCCAAUUUCUCCGCGGAUACGUGGAACGCUUCAACACGCCGCGUGUGCGCAACCUUGUCACGUUUGGUGCGCAGCACAUGGGCAUCACUCAGCUGCCAGGUUGUGCAGAAGGAGAUCGGUUGUGCAAUCUGGUCAUGCGAAGCUUCGAGGGCAGGAUGUACUCGGAUUUUGCACAAACGCGUCUUGUGGUAGCCCAAUACUUCCGCGACACGCGGCUGGCGUCCCAGUACCAGCAGUACGAACAAAGGAACCGGUUCCUGUAUGACAUCAAUAAUGAAGGACCAAGCAAACAGGAGCUAUACAAGACAAACAUAAAACAGCUCGAAAAGUUUGUCAUGGUUCGGUUCAGCGAAGAAGAGACAGUGGUGCCGUCAGAGUCAGCAUGGUUUUCGGCGUACGAGGACCCAGAGCACCGCCGCGACGAUGCGGUAAAUAUGACAAUACCGUUGCGGACAAGCCGGCUGUAUAAAGAGGACUGGAUUGGGCUGCGGCAUUUGGAUGCACGAGGCGGCCUUGCAUUUCAUACGUGUGAGGGCCAACACAUGCAACUUUCGCCACCAUGCAAGUCGCUUGUAUUUCACACCUACGUUGGCCAUCCACGUUUUGACGAGGCGAGCAUGAACAUACUCGAGGGCUUUAUGAACAUUUCGCUCUACGCACUGAUUUGCAUUGGACUGAUGAUUUGCAUGCGGCGCCUCUAUCGCCCACUAGGUGAUGCUACGCACGUUACUGCGCCUUCUUCAUUGGGGGCGUUGGAGCCACGUGCCAAGCACGAAGCGGCUUUCCCAAACCUAGUCGGAACGCAGCGAUUCCGAAGAGAACCAAUAUAUGGUAAUGCCAAUACACCGCACGAUAUGCGCCAAGUGAGUUUCGUAGCGAGAGCGUAA